AUGGAGUUCUACAUCUUGUGUGUUGGUCUUCUAGGCAAUGUUUUAGCUUUGAUUAUAUUCUCAAAAACAUUGGUGGAUCAUACAAUUAAAUCGAGAUUUUCAAUUGGAAUUGGUUUAGUACAAACAUUUCUUGAUUUAUUAGCAUGUUUAGCAAAUUUGAUGAAUUCAUUUCUACCAAGAGACUAUGUAGAAAAAUCACAAUUAUUAAGUAAUAUAAUGCGAACAAGAUUAAUUUAUUGGGCAAUUAUGAAUUAUCGUGGUUUAAGUAUAGUUUGCAGUGCAUGUGGACGAUAUAAUAAUAUGCUAAGACCAUUUUUCAGUAGAACUUACUUUUUCCAGCUAAUUGUAGCUAUUAUUCUAGGUACAUUGGUGAAUUGUAUCUCGUUGUAUUGUUUAUAUACGCUACACUCGGAUUGGGUAGACUGCAGCGAUUUAUGCUCUACAUGUGAAUAUAGACCAGAGAUAGUGAUAGCUGCAUUUUCAGCCAUUUGUGGUUUUGUUUAUCGGUUUUUAUUCCCAUUAACUGUCUGCUUUUAUGCUUAUACACGAUUGAUAAGUAUCUGUGAAAAUAUCAAUGAUAUUAAAAUGCAAAGAGCUGUUGGAGAUUUGAAAAGGAUGCGUUUUCUUGACGAUAUCAAGGUCGUGUUUGUUAAGCGCUUCGUCCGAGAUCAAGCGAAUCAAUCUUUCACAACUAUUGUUUCCUUUAUCACCUUUUUGUGGAAUUUUUCCAAUCAUCCUUCUCUAACCUUACUUACUGACAAAAUAAGAGUGAGGAAUCAGGAGGAUAAAAGCUGA